CUCAGUCAUUGUUUCUUGCUUCCCUUGUUGUGACAAUGUCUUCGCUGUCAUCCGUGCAGCAAGUGACGCUGCGAUUACCCGCGCUGGGACUCGCCGCUGCCGCCAAAGCGAGCACCUCCGCCGCCACACAGCCCGCCCCGGCCAGCACUCCUUCCAGCACUACGAGCGGUAGCAUUGCAGCGACUGCCCCGCGGCGCCAGGCGAGCACGAGGAGCGGAGGCCUCCACCAGUCGUCACGCCGCGCUGGCUCGUCUGUCUUGGCUGCUGCUGCUGCUCACCAACACCGACAGCGACAGGAGGACCAGAUCGCCGCCGUCGCCACCCCUGCAUUCGCUGCUGCAAGUGCCUUCUUCCACAGCCGCCGCUCUGCCACCGCGACCGCCGUGACGACUCGCGACGCAAUGCCAAUGUCAAUGCCAAUGGCCGCGCACGCACGCUUCAUGUCGUCGUCUGCAGCGGCGGCUGUGCCAAGUCCUUCGAGUCCGGUCGCUCCUGCCAAUACUACUCCUACUACUACUGCUGCUGCUGCUACGUCGAGUGUGCCUGCAUUCGUUGACGGCAGCCACGCAGCGCCGAUUGGAGUCGUGCUCUCUGCAGAAUUCGCAAAGCGCAUGGGCGAUUUGAACUCGGAUCCAGCUCAGGAUCGACUCGCACUGCGUGUCUCCGUCAAGGUCGGUGGAUGCGAUGGUUUUGAGUACAUCUGGAAGUUGGUUCCAGAAAAUAGCGCGACCGCCCGGGACGAAAUCUUUGAGCGGGACGGCGCCAAAGUCAUUACAGAUCGCAAAUCGCUGGAGUUUCUAAGAGGCGCGACCGUCACGUACAAGAAGGAGCUCAUUCGGUCGUCCUUUGCCAUUAUCGGCAACCCUCAAGCAGACUCGUCAUGUGGCUGCGGAUCUAGCUUUGCCCUCAAGCAAUUUGCGCUUGCCAAGGAAAAGGAAGCGAAAUCCAAGCCAAAGUCGGCAUGAUCCAGCUUUUCGUCUGGUUCUUUUUUCCUUUCCCCCCCCCCCGCACCACACAUGCUUGCAUGAAUGCUUUUUUUGUGACCUCUGCUCAGACACGGCCAUGUUUUGUCGUGGUGCUUGUAUCACCAAAUUGCUGGCUUUUCUUGUACAUUACAUUCAAACGACCAAAUCCCU